AUGGUUCCUGCUGGACAAGUUCCCCAGUUCCAUCUAUAUUUUGACAAUUACUUCACGAAUUUAGAUCUUAUGGUGCACUUGAAUAAACUACAAAUAAAAUGUACCGGGACCAUAAGAGAGAAUCGAGUAGCUGACAAGAACGUGAUCAGUAAGACGUCUAAACGCGGAACGUAUGUCGUGAAGCAUGAUAAAAACAGUGGCAUAAAUUAUAUAACGGCUAUGGAUUCGAAGUUAGUUUCAAUCAUAUCUACUGCUGCUGGAGUAACACCUUUAUCAGACUCUAAGAGGUACAGUUCGGAAUCAAAGGCCAAGAUUGAUAUACCGUUCCCACAAGCUUUUCAUCUGUACAAUCGAUUUAUGGCUGGGACCGAUGCGAGUACCGUGGACUUGGGGGCUGUGCUCACGCAAACGAUAAGUAACGUCGAGCGCGUCAUAGAAUAUGCCAGCCGAGUCCUCACGGAUGCUGAGAAGAAGUACAGCACAACGGAGCUCGAAUGCUUAGCUGUCAUUUGA